GACCAAUAGCAGAGCUGACAUUUGUGUUUUGAACGAAACGCGGUUAAUGGUCGUUCAGCGCAGAUUUGUUUUUUCCUCGUUCUCGUUUACAACGCUGGUUGAAUUUGGCUGUUGACGUUUCGGAGUUGUACAGAUACAAUGUCCUCCAGGAAGUCAAGUUCCUCAGAGGAACGCUUGCCUUCCAGCAAAUAUGGAGAGCGAACCCCUCUGCGCAGUCUGGAGAAUGAAAUGCUGCACCUGUCAACUCCAUCAUCCGGACUGAAGUUGAGUGCGGAUGCUGUGAAAACGACAAAGGGUGAUGUUCCUCUCUGUGAACCAGUGCCCUACUCGCACUAUUCUCCAUCCAUCAAAGUGAUAAAAACCUGUGCUCCCACGAAUGACGUGACGACUGCUGAGGCCGAUUGUGGACUUGGAGAUGUAACAUUCAAAUCCUUCGUCUGUCCCGGGGGUGAGGUUGAGAUUUCAGGCUCUCCAGUGUGUGCAGACCAGAGCAUUGUUUUGCCUUAUGAUCAGGCCACCUCCAACACUGAAGCAGAAGAUGCAGUCAUAUCUGACAGUAUGAUAGUGCAGUCAUGUGGUGACCACAUAGAGCAUCCCUAUUACAGUCCUGAGAUGAUGGAGGCUUCCUCUGUUGACACUGAUGCAGCAUGCCUCUGGGAGAUUCCCAACACUACUCCGGCCUCUGGGAGCCUGGAUGAUAAACAUGCCCCACACGAUUCAGGAGCUUCUGAGCAUGAUUGCUGCGGAGAGAGAGAUGUUGCCUUGAAAUCCUUUGUCUGUGAUAAAAGUGAGGUGGAGACUGCAGAUGUCACCAGACCACAAGAUGACACACAGACACAGCUGGGUGAAUCUUUACAAGACAUCAGCGUAAAUUCAACUUAUUUCUCUGACUACAACCAACUGUGUCAAGCGGAACAUGCAGUUCAUCCCAACCGUGGCAGUGUAAAUGGCAUUCCUGUCAUCGCCUCCUUCUUUGAGACCUCAAAUGCUUUUGAUGAAUGUGCUAAUGAACUGAGUGAUGUAACCUUCAAAUCCUUUAACUGCACUGGGGGUGAGAUAGAAAUUUCAGAUGGCACCAAACUUGUAAAUGAGACAGUUCCUCUACCAGCCGACUACACUGUGACCAGCAGUGUGUCGUACAGUUAUAGCAUAAAUCAAAGCGUUUUUGGAGAAGACCAUGAUGUGCACAACAAUAACGAUCAUUUGGAUCACCCAUACUGUAAUGCUGAAAGUUGUUCAUCAACUUCAGGUGGCAACCUUUCCAUUGCACAGGAACCAUUGUCAUGCAGCAGGGGUGCUAUCGAUGAGGUUGAGAAGAUAAGCUUGGUGGCACCUGAAAGCCAAACUGGCAGACAAGAGGAUGUUGCACUUGGCUCUUUCAUCAAAGCUGAAGACAGGGUUGAAAAAACAAAUGACACCACGUUGUCUGGGAAGACGUCCCCUCUGCCCCAUGGGCAGGCCGUGAUCUGUCAGCCCUUGGAUGACAACACUUUGCAUGCUUCUGUUACACAGCAUCAAAUCCAAGGUGACUGUGGAUCACCAAACUGUCAUAUGGAAAACGAUGAAAUUGAUUUAAAUACUCACCCACCACCUUUAAACACUUCUUUGCUGACUAACACAUUGUUAAACCCUUUGGUUAAUGAAUCCGCCGACUGUGAGGUGCAAGAAACAUCUAAGCACGCGAUGCAUCCUGAAGACAGUGCGUUGCCUUCGAUGCUUCACAAAACAGAGUUUUCUGACAGCAGCAAAUUUGUGGAGAAACCCGCCCCUGUAGAAGGGCAGCAGCACCUGGCACACGUCUCUCAAGUGCAUUUAAGCAGUGGACCGCGUGAAUCCAGUGAGGCAAAAGACAGUGCCCUGGGCUCUUCGGAGAAUGGACCUGUUCUUUGUAACUCUACAGAAACACUUCAUGCUGAGAUCCUCCCCAAUGUUUUGAGAGCUCUGUCCGAGUGUCCCUCGCUUGCAUCAGCUUUGCAGUUUGGAAUCUUCAGUCCUGUUGCUAGGAGAACCUCUCCCCCCGCAUUAAAGGCUCAUAAUGAUCCUGCUCAAGACCAUUUCUUUGCUGACGACUCUGCUUUCGAUGGUGAAAAGAGCUUGGUGGCUCCUGCUGACCCCUCUGGAUUAUGGGCAGAGAACUUGGAGAGCCCCAUGCCACGCCCUCUGUUCAACUCUACCACACUGGCCUGCAAGUCCCAGACAGGCCCAGUCCCCGAGCAGGAAAAGGGUUUGGGGAUUAAGCCCUGUGCGAUGCCUCAGUCAGAGUUAGAAAAGCCGGUUCUGGAUUUCCCGAUGAUUCCAGAUGGACCCCUUCAGCAGCAGCUCCGUCAGAUGGCAGAGUUCCUCAUCUUGGCAUCUGGAAAGAUGGGUCCUGCUGGUGUCUUUGCACCUGCUCCACCCCCUGCGGCCAUCACAGUACCAUCAGUGCCAUCUCCUGCAGAAUCUCACAGUGUUUGUGUGGGCACCACUGCUGUGGAAAUGGUGGACCACAGCCUCAACACAUCUGGCCAGUUUGAGAGAAAGAGGAAUUUCACUCUGGUGGAUUCCUGCACUCUAACCGACCCUCUCCUGUGGAACGUACCUCCAGGGAGCCUAGAGUGCCUCCCUAGACAAGAGCUGGAGCAAAGGUUGAGGUCAAGCAUGAUCAUGGUGGAGGCCCUGGUGCAGCAGUUGGCUGCAGCCAGAACACAGAGCUGUGACUCCGCAGGCCCUGCACCUUCAGAGCUCAGGGAGAAACUAGUGCAGACAGACCACACUGAACUCAGUCAGACCACAAUGUACCGAGACCUUUAUAUGGAGGCUCUGAGCAGGAUUAGUGAGUUGGAGCGGGAUGGAAGUUCGGUGCAGAACCUCAUUCAGUGUAUGCAGGACAUGAGGGUCACCAUGACUUCUUUGACUAGUGACACGGAUGCUGCUCUCUCUAACAUGAAAGAAAUGGGAGACGUUGUCAGAGACGACCAUCAAAGCCUUGUUUCACAUUACGGUCAGAUGAAGGCUCUGUUCGAGAAAACAAAGGAGACUCAAACACGAAGGAUGCAGAAGGUCAAAGAUGCUCUUCACCAGAGAAAUGAAAUGAGGACACAGAUGGAGGAGGCCUUCACAGCCAAGGAGGCGGCCUUCAGUGCGAUGGAGCAGCUGAGGACGCACUGUGCCGCAGAAAUGUCAGAGCUAGAGAAGAGUGUGGGGUCACAGCAAGAACUCCUCGAUGCCCUCAACCAGGCCUACCCAGAGCAGGUUGCAUUAAACCAGGUCUACACUGAAACACUGAACACUGCUUCCAACCUUUUGUCCGAAACCAUGGAGGAGCAGUCGAGUUUGAUGAAAGAACUCUGCACAUUGCGAUCUCUUCUGCAGAAAACUUCUCCCAUGCUUCUGAAGCUGAACGACAAGACAGCAACUGCUUUGAGAGAGAGAGACGAGCAUAUUUCUGCAAGAGACCAAGCUGUGGAAGACAGAGAGCAGAUUGAAGAAGAUUUGAACCAAACUAAUUUGAAUCUCCAAACUGCCAGAGAACAGAUUGGUGAUUUAAAUCUGCAGGUGACAAUUUUGUCCUCAGAGAUGGGUGUGCUGCGUCAGAAGCUCACAGAGAGAGACGAGGAGAGGGGUCAGCUGGAGAGGAAGGUGACCGAAUUGUCUGCCACAGUUUCCUCAACGUUGGCCUCCUACACCUUCUUGGAGCAGGCUCUUACUUCUGAGACAACAAAAUUGCAGCAGUCAUGGAAGGACGUCCAGCAAGCAAAGGACAGAGCAAAUGAGUUGGAGACGUCACUGGACCACUCGGAGCAGCGUGUGUCUGAGUUGAGUCGGGCUCUGGCUCAAAGUGAGGAGCAGCUCGGUCAGCUGCAGAGCCUCUCGGAAGCUCAGAAAAUUCAGCUCCGGCAGCUCCAGGAUGUCCGCACACAACUCGGUGGCGUCCGCGAAAUGAACGAGUUCUUACAGAUGGAGAAUGAGCUGGCGAGGGAGCAGGUGGUUGAAAGUGAGGGUUUACUGAGGGCCAACCUGCAGGGACUCAGAGAAAGGAACAUCCAUUGUGAGGACCUGAAAGGAGAACUCGACCAGCUUCAGCUUGAGAACAGAAGUUUGCAGGAGCAGCUGAAAACCACAAGAUCCAGAGCCAGUGAAACGCAGCUGGAGCUCGAAGAGAAACUGGCUCAGACAGUCACUGAAAUCACUCUGCUGCAUCACACACUGCGAGGACUGACCAAUGAGCUACACGCAGCUCUCAGCGACAAGAGAGCACAACCACAGAAGGACAAAGAGUCUCAACCAGUCCACCACAUGGAGCGUCGUCACCCCUCCAGCUCGUUUGUCGACAGCAUCAUGGUUGCAUUAACUACCGAGAAGGAGGAGGACGAUGAAUCAGAAUCACCUCGUGAAUCAGACAUGGCCGAGCCGCAGUGUGAAACUCUGUUCAGUGAGAAGAGCGCCUUCACCCGCAUUGCAGCCGACAUCCCUAAGACGCAUUUGAACGCCGUCGAGUUGGAACCAAGGGAGGACGACGAUCAGAGCAGCGUGGCGGAGCUGCUGGCAGACCUGGGCGGCACCGUCACAGAGCUCAUCGGCACCAUGAGGCUGGUGCAGCAGCGCAAAGACACUGAGCUGGAGGAGCUGCACAACACCAUCUGUGGCCUGCAGGAGGAGCAGCAGGCUGCAAACGACAAACACGAGGCUGAAGUGUAUGAGCUUCAGCAUCAACUUGGCCGUCUACACAUCCUGGUUGAGAGAGGCAACCAGGCGUUGCAGCAGAAAGCCCAGGACGAGAAAACUGUGGCAAAGUUGUCGGGAGAAAUACGAGAUGUCCAGGAAAUUCUAAAUAAGCACAGGACUGACAAUAACGAAUUGCGGAAGGAGGUGGUUGACCUUCGUCGCUCUCUCCAGCAGGCGAAUGUGGAGUCUCAGUUCCUGCGUGAGGAGUUGAGAAAAGUCGGUGGGGCGUCUGCUAACCCAGCACAUUUCAUGGAAGAGAAGAUUCGGUUAUUGAGAGAGGUGGAGAGACUGAAGUUGAGUCUGCAGGAGGCGGAGCAGGCCCGGGUGAAACUCCUUGAAAGAGCAAAGAGACAUCAAAUUAUCCAUCAGAGCAACCAGCAGAAAAGUGAGAAUGAACUUCAGAUGUUAAACAACAUGAUCAAUAAAGUCAGAGAGACCCUGCUGUCUUUGCCAGACAUUGUGAAGAAUUGUGAACAACUCCAACAGCUUGUUGGAUACAUUGGCUGAUGUGUUUGUUAUUUUAACCUAUGUUUAUUUUAUUUUUGUCCGUGUUAUGUUUAAGCUUGUUCUGGCUUUAAGUGUUGAUAUUUUGAGUGUAAUUAAAUUUUUGUCUUAUGAUCUUA